CGCCGCCAGGGCCUCUAGCGAUGUACGGCUCCCGACAAGGGACAAAUUAGCCUUUUUCGCCCAGAGGCGGGGGAGAAGGACGCUUGCGGCGUUGCUAGGCAACCACUCGCACGACGGAACGCCGGCCGCAGAACUCUCCGUCUCAGGCGGGCGGCUUCUUCCAUGGCCAAGUUCGUGCUCGCAGGUAGGGCAAACUGCCCCUACUACGCUAAAGCGGAACUCCUAGCUGACUAUUUGGAGAAAAAUUUGCCUAACUUUCGGAUACAUAAGAUUACUCAGCACCCUGACAACUGGGAGAAAUGGCUUCGGAAGAUCUGUGAACAAAACGGAUGGAAGCACAAGCACUCCCCAAUUAUUUGGAGAGAGUUGUUGGACCGUGGAGGAAAAGGCCUUCUUCUGGGAGGAUUUAAUGAUUUCCUAGAACAUGCUCAGCAUUACUAUAAUAUCACAUCAGACAUGAUGACAGCUGAGAUGUGUCAAAUAGCUGAGGAGAACUUGCAGACUCACAAAGAAGUUGAGCAAGAGGAGGAGGAGCUUAAGAGCCUUAUCAACCCCUUACACAUCUGGAUCAACAGGUGGGAGGAUGAAAAAUUCCUCUAUGUCACAAGUCAAUUUGACUAG